AUGGCCUCCCACCGCAUCGGCGCGCGCGUCGCGGGCCUCUCGCCAGAGCAGCUGUGCGCCAUCAUCGAGGCGCAGGCGGGCGCGAGCGACGCCGCGCUGCGCGUGGCGGAGGAGCACGCCGCUCGGCUCGUGGAGCAGCCCGAGUGGGUGCUCUCCGAGGUCCUCCUCUCGCCGGACCUCGCCCCGCGCAUCCUCGCCCAGCUGCCGACCACGGAGCACGCCGCCAAGGGGACCCCCACGGCGUGGAGUGUGCUGAAGUCCCUCGCCUGA